CUUGGAAUCGGAGCAUCCAAUAAAACAAGUCUGCAACCCAGCAAGGAAAGCUCCACUUCAAGCUUUAUACUUCAAAAGUUCCAACCUUUCACCCCAGACAAUUUGAACUUGAUUCCUCACCCAUCUCAUAGCUCACUGUGUUUCAAGACCAACCCAUGCUUCAAUUCCAUUCCAAAAUUUAAUCCAUUUGUGUAGAAAGUUUGGAUUUUCACAAUGAGAGAAGAGAACCCAGCUGAAACCAGAGCAAGAGCAACCAAGUUUUCUGACCAAAACCAGGCACCAAGGCCUCAAAACCCAAAGGGCAACAGCAACUCCUCAAAAUUGAAGUCUGCUUCUUCAUGGGGAUCUCAUAUUGUCAAAGGGUUUGGAGGAGACAAGAAGACCAAGGUGCUAAACGCAGUUACAAGCAAGAAGCCGCCGCUAAUGGGUUGCGAUUUGGCGAAUCCGAAGACCCAAUUGCCAUUAGCCCCUGCUCACUCACGGGUCAAGCGUUCGCUGAUCGGAGACUUAUCUUGCUCAGUCAACAAUGCUAAUCAGAUUCACCCUCAGAUGUACCAGACCCACCGGAGACAGUCUUCGCGGGACUUGUUUCUCGAGCUUGAUCACCUGAGGAACCUGCUCCAGGAUUCGAAAGAGAGGGAGUUUCAGUUGCAGGCAGAGCUUUCGGAAUGUAAGAGAAAUCCGAGGGUUUUGGAGCUAGAGAGGGAGCUGGAGGAGAAAAGGAGAGAGGUUGAUGGUGUGAUGAGGAAAGUUGAGGUGCUGGAAGAGGAGAAGGCUAGUCUAGCUGAGCAAUUAGCAUCGAUUUCCGAGAGGAGCGAAGAGGUGUUGAAGAGAGAAGACCAAGAAUGUGCGGUGGUUUCGGCGUCAGGGAGUGUGGAGAUGGAGGUUUUAGAGUUGAGAAGAUUAAACAAGGAGCUACAGCUUCAGAAGAGAAACCUUGCUUGUAAACUUUCCGCUUUGACAGCCCAAUUGGCUUCUCUAGCAAAAGCUUCUGAGAGUGACAUUGUUGAGAAAAUCAAAGCCGAGGCGUCUAUUUUAAGGCAUACAAAUCAAGAUUUGUGUAAACAAGUUGAAGGCUUACAGAUGAAUAGGUUGAAUGAGGUUGAGGAGCUAGCUUACCUUAGGUGGGUCAAUUCGUGUUUAAGAAAUGAGUUGCAGAACUCUGAUAAGCUGCAAAGCCCGAAUUCGAUUGAUAGGAGUAAUAAAUCAGCGGGAGAUUUGUCAAGUAGGAGCAAUGAGUACUUGGAAUACAAGGGCGUGAAGAGAUUGAAUUUGUUAAAGAAGCUGAAAAAAUGGCCUAUUGCUAAUGAGGAUUUGCCUAACAUGGAAUCAUCCCCAGAUGAGCUAUUGGAUAAAAGUUGGGUUGAUUCAGAUGAAGGAAGAAGUCCUAGAAGAAGACACUCGAUAAGCGGAUCCAAAUGCUUUGCAGAAGAGUUGGUGCUCACUAAUAAGAGAAGGCAAUCUGAUGGUUUUAUGUGUCCCCCAGAAAUUGAGAAGGAUAUAGAGCCAGUGGCUUCUCAAAAAUAUGACUUGGGUAUGCUUCAAUGCCAUGAAAUCCAUAAAAUUCCGGCUUCGUUUGAUGUUGAGAAAAGGGCAUUGCGCAUUCCGAAUCCCCCUCCUAGGCCUUCGUGUUCUAUUUCUAGUGCAACCAAAGCGGAUGAGUCUAUGAAAGUUCCACCACCACCGCCUCCGCCCCCUCCACCUCCUCCUAAGUUCGCAGUGAGGACUAGUACUGCAGGAACGGUGCAAAGAGCCCCACAAGUAGUUGAGUUUUAUCAUUCACUCAUGAAAAGAGAUUCCAGGAAGGAUUCUUCAACUGGAGGAAUUUGUGAUGCUCCGAAUGUUGCCAACGUUCGUAGUAAUAUGAUUGGAGAAAUUGAGAACCGAUCAUCACAUUUGCUUGCUAUAAAGGCAGAUGUUGAGACUCAGGGAGAAUUUGUAAAUUCACUGAUAAGAGAGGUGAACAAUGCUGUGUAUCAUAGCAUUGAAGAUGUUGUGGCUUUUGUGAAGUGGCUCGAUGACGAACUUUGCUUUCUUGUGGACGAAAGAGCAGUCCUAAAGCACUUUGAUUGGCCAGAAAAGAAAGCAGACACACUGCGAGAAGCAGCAUUUGGCUAUAGAGAUCUGAAGAAACUGGACCUUGAAGUGUCUUCUUUCAAAGAUGAUACUCGAUUGCCCUGUGAUAUUGCACUCAAGAAAAUGGUUGCCUUGUCUGAGAAGAUGGAGCGUACAGUUUACAAUAUUCUCCGAACAAGGGAGUCCUUGAUGCGUCAUUGUAGGGAUUACCAAAUACCAACAGACUGGAUGCUUGACAAUGGCAUUUUAAGCAAGAUAAAGUUUGGCUCAGUCAAGCUAGCAAAGAUGUAUAUGAAGAGGGUGGCUAUGGAACUACAGUCAAAGGCGGCAACAGAGAAAGACCCUGCAAUGGACUAUAUGCUGCUUCAGGGAGUGAGAUUUGCCUUCAGAAUUCAUCAGUUUGCAGGAGGAUUUGAUGCAGACACAAUGCAUGCAUUUGAGGAACUUCGCUACCUUGCCCAUCUUCUUAACAAAAAGUAAAAGAAAAGUAGAAGACUUUUUUAUGGGAACAAUUUUUGGCUUACAAUCUGCAGUAGUGCAUUGGAUGGGAACAGUUUUUAGCUUACCAUCUCAGUAAGCUUCAUUGGGAAAUAUGUAUAUCUUCCAUAGAAAGAAGCAACGUCUUGGUGUAGUUCUGUGUU